UGUUUGAAUACAGUGUGUAAGCACAGGCGGAAGAAAAUGAAUGCGUAGAGGAACAAGUAUGUUUUACGUUUUACAGGGUGGAAAGUUCUUGUGGUAUGUGAAAUGCGCUUACUACUGAGAUAUCGAAGGACGCCAAUGGAUUUUCUGAAACACCACAGUGUUAGCUAGUUUUAAUUUUGAUGGUAAACUGCUUACCUUUAUAUCAUAGGCAUGGAAAACAGAAAUUUAGAUUCAGGUCAGCAGGAUAUUAUGAAAUCUCCUGCCAGGAAGAUUUUAGGUGAUAUAAAGAACGUAAAUGAGGACCCUCCAAGUCCAGUUUCACCAACAGCUAAUUUGAAAUUGUUAACUAGAGUUGCAAGUCAUUUCAGAAAAAGAGAUUUCGGUGAAGACUGUGCAGGAUUACUCGAGCAGAAAGUUGAUUCAAACGACUACGAUGAGAACGUUGAUUCGUUGAGUGAAUUCCGAAAAAAAGUAUCAGCCGCAAUCAAACCGCGCAAAGAAAAGUCUUUAAGUCUUCUAUGUGACAAGUUUUUGGAACUUUUCCCGCUGGAGGUACCCCCUGAUAGUAAUCUGUUUAUAUCCUUGGACCAAGCUGCCGCUCAGCUUCAUACUGAAAGGAGACGAUUGUAUGACAUAAUCAACGUCCUAGAGAGCCUUCAGAUGGCAUCAAAGAUUGGUAAGAAUAGCUAUCAGUGGUUUGGAAAUCAGCAGCUCCUAACAACACUUGCUGAACUGAAAGGAAUGGCAGAAGAAAUGGGUUAUCAGAAGAAGGUGAAAGCAAUGCAAAAGUUGUGUUACUGCUCACCGAGAUAUCAAGAGAAGGAACUCCCCCUUACUCCAAAUAGUCAACAGGCAGAUGGUAACCGUGAUGAGCGUUCGCUUGGUGUUUUGUGUCAGAAAUUUCUGAUGCUGUUUCUAGUGUCAGAUGAGGGUGACCUUGUGAAUUUGGAAGUGGCUGCUAGAGUUGUGUUGGCUGGAUCGGAAUCGGAAACUACAAGUGACAUGGAGGAUGUUAUUCCAUUACAUGUGGGAAUGGGAAUGGGGAGCACGCAGCUAAAAGCAAAAGCGCGACGUUUAUAUGAUAUUGCAAAUGUUUUAAGUUCCCUGAAACUUAUCCAGAAAGUGCAUUGUUCAGAUUCUGUACGGAAACCAGCUUUCACCUACUGUGGACCUAAAGUUGAGCCCUUGAAGCAUCUAACAUCGUUAGGCAAAAAUCCACUCUACCCAACUCGACAUUCUCUUCUCCGAUCACAACGUGUGGUGCCUAGUAUAGAGGAGAGAGCUAAAAUCAUGAUAGGUGGAGGAAAACGCAAAUUGAAACGCACCUACAGUGAUUCUGUGUUGUUGCCAUUCAGUGAAUGUCAGGAAUUUCAGGAGUCGGGUGUUGAUAACAGUGCAGAUGGCGAAUGCUUUGGUGAGGCGGUCCUUACAUUGCAUUUAGUUGACAAUAAAGCCACUCGAUUUUCAUCUUCCGAGUCUGUUCAGACAGAGGACCAGAACAACACAAGUAGAGUAUUCACUCCUUACAUGGCUACUGGUGCAGGGGGUGUGUCUAAGUCAAUUGUGGGUGCCACACAUGUUGGUGGUGCAGUGACUUGUGAGAAAGAGGCCAUUGUGCAAUGUACUGAUCCUAUUUCCCAAGUAACAAAUCGUUGUCAAAUUGGAACUGAGCCUCAUGGAAAUAAACUGAUAAGGCAUCAUUCAGAAUCAUGUGUUGGUAAGACAUCGAUAUGUGUGAAAAGGAGAUUGGUUAAAGUAGCACCACUGAGUAUGCAUAAAAGUAGCAGUAUGGAGCACAACUGUCCUGAACAUGGUGCAAGCAUCCAUAAAUCGUUCACUACAGCACCACAGAAAUCAGAAUUAAUGGCACAACAAGCCUCUUGUGUGCAGCCUGCUACAAACUUCAAUCAUUCAGUCUUAGUGCCAUAUACAGCUCCAACAAACAGCUGUACAGAUGGAUUGUACAUUGUUGACAAUCCUUGUAUAAAAACAUCAGAUGCUGUACGCCCUUCUAAUGAUUCCUUUGUAACCAAUGAUCAGAAUAAAAUUACCUCUUCCCCUGUCAUAUCGACCAUUGUGAUGCCGACAGUAAACCAGCCCCGUAUAAUACUGACUGAAGAAAUGCUAAGGAAUGGCAGAAGAUUAAUCAAUAUACCUGGAAAGAGUGAUUCAUUUAGUAGCAAACGGCAGUUGUUGCCGAAAGGUAUUAAUAAUGAGCAAAGAGUUUUCCUGCAAUCACCACCAGUUGCUGCUAAAACUACAGAUUAUAUUCCGUACCAGCCAAAAUGGAAAUUACCGUAUGUUAAGAAUGACUCGCACAUUGUGACAAAGGAUUUUUUCAGUGAAGUGAACAAACGUAGUUCUUUCAUUACUCAAAACAAAUGUUCUUACAGUGUGGUAACCGGAAAUGACACAAAUGGACAUAGCAGGUUACAUUUAAGUCCAAACAUUGACGUAAAAUGUGACUUUGUUCAAAAAGAGACUGGUACUGUAGUAGGCCAAUCUAGUGUAGACAAUAAGCAAUAUACAACGCUAACGUAUUCAGGGGAACAAGGAAAUUAUAAUGCAAAUCAAAAACAGUUUUCACAGUAUAUGUCUGUUGUCUCAGAUGAUCACUGUUACAAUAGGCAAGGAGAUAAAAGUUCCUUACAGACUGCUGAUUGUACUUCUGGCCUAGCUGGUGAGGAGAAAAUUGUGCUCCCACAUGUGGUUCCUGGAGAGCUGUACACAGCUGUUAAAGUUGGCUCUGUUCUGCAGCUUGUGCCUGUCAGUAGUAACUCACUGGUUACUAAAAUAUAAACAUUAUGGAAUGUUCUACAUUAUUUGUAUGUGCAAUACAUUUUUAAAUUUAUGAAAAAUCUAUUGACUUAAAAUUUAUACUGAGAUGUAUGUGUAUUAGAGAAUUAAUAUUAUCUAAUGUAAAAUGAAAAAUUUAACUUCUUUCGUUGCGGAUAAAUUUUAUUAAUAUAUAUAUGUUUCUUCAAACUAUUUCAGUCUUCCGUUAAGUCGUGCAUCAAGUUUCUUUGGUUAAAUAUUUGGGAUAAAAUUGAAAUUUCUCUCUGUUCUGGUACUCAUUGUCAUAUCCAAUGUGAAAUUUUAUGUAAAAUGCAUAUUUAUGCAUCAGUUAAGGGAAAACAGUUAAUGUCUUCGUUUACUGGAAUAUUUUCCAAUAAACUCCGUACUUUUAUCACUAUAUUUUAGAUAAAAUUUUAUUUUGUGUUUACAGUUAGGAAUAUGAUGAGGAGGUAAAUUGUUCGUAUUGUGCAACACAGUAAAACAGCAUUUAAAUGGAAUGUUGGACAUUAGUAUUGACAGUCUGCACACACUUAAUUGGAGUAUUAACACAGUUUGUCAGACGUGUUUGAAAUAACAGCUUCAAAUUACUGAAGAGUUUAAUUUUUUAUUUACUGAAAAAUUUUGUUGAAAUAGUUAGUGAUGCAACUGUUUCUGGCUUCAUCUGUCUCCACGACAUGAAGUAAUAUUGGAACCCAGGUAAUAUUGCAUUGUCAUUUUUGUGCACUUCUGUAAAUUAAUUACUGUUUUCCCCUGUCACUGCAAGUGUUUUUAAUUCCUUGGCAUGACCUUGAUAUGCUGUAGAUACUGCAGUGGACUGGUGGUGCAUUUUGCACCCAAGAAUGAAAAUAUGCUCAUAAAUUACUCACAGUAUAGUAAUUAUUUUUGUAGUUUGUUGUUAAUAGGAUAAUACUCAUGCUGUUUGGGCAUGUACUGAAACUUCAUAUUAUGGAAGCUCAUACUUACAAGAAAACGUGGGGAUAAAAACCAGAAUUGGCUGUUAUUCUCAGAGAAUUGAAUAACAUCGUGCGCGCACACACACACACACACACACACACACACACACACACACACACACAAAGUAAUAUAAUAUGUAAUGAGAAUAUAUACACACACACACACACACACACACACUAAGUAAUAUAAUAUGUAAUGAGAAUAAAUCACUACUUACCAGACUUUCAUGACAAAUAGCUUAAGAUAAUGUCCCUGUCCACUGCUCUGUGGCUUUUACAUGUGGUAAAUAGUGAUAUCUUAAUAUUAUAUUAUACCACUGCAUAAAACAAGUAGUUUGGUGUGGAUUAUUACAGAUUAUUGAUCCAAGAAAUGUGCAAAUUAUGGAAUAGACAUUCACAACCUAUAACUGCCUCUAUUUGAGGAAAUGGCCUUACCUGUUUUGCAAUACAUGCAUCUUUCCCUCCAUUCAGUGAUUUUGUUUUGUGUGCACUGAAUGCGGUUCCUGCUUCACUUUGUUGAAUUCUGUUUCAGUUGUUAUUUACUAUUCUACCUAUGUCUUCUAGUCAGUUAUUUUGGGAUGAGAAUUGAUAUUGUCAGCUUGAAAUGUUUUCAGUUUUUGUUCUCAUCCUGUCAUUUAUAUAUAGUGGUAAUGCACUGAAGAGUUCCGUCUGCUAAUUAUUCAUUCAACAAUCUAUUGCAGAGGCUUCAGUUAAAUCUUUCUGUAGUUAUAAAAGAUGCACUAGAUAUUUUCUACCUUUUUCGUUACGUUCUGCACAAAAUGACAUACUUUGGGAGUGACGCCACAGAGAUUAUUUUAUUGUUGAAUAUUGUUUAAUGGUAAUAUUAAUCCAAUUCAGGAAAUUUUCAUUAUGUUUUGGCCUGUGAGGUUGCAUUCUUCUGUCACUAUUCAUAAAUUUAAAAAAAAUUGCAAUGAGAGUAAGGCAGAUAUUUUCUGGGUACUUAGAGAGUGGUAUAAUUUUUCUUGCAAUAUAUUUUUCUGUAGCCAGUGGCAUAUCCAGUGUAACAAGAACAGUUGCUUGAGAAAUAACAUUAGUUUUCAUGAGGUAGUUGAAGACUUGUUUCAGUUUAUACCAAAAUUUGUAAAACUUAUGUGCUGCAAAGUUAAUUUAUAAUGAAUUGAACUGCUAUGUUAAUAUGGGUUAACAGCUUAGAAUAGUAUAUUCUGAAAUGCUCAUAAGAGCAUAUUGAGUCUUAUUUAUAGCAUAUUGUGCACAUUCAUUAGCUAUUGCAGCAUCAGUACUGGUUUAGUCUCAAGACUUCUAUAACGUUGUAGCAAGUUACAAAGUAGGAAAAAUAUUGUAAAUUUUGGAUAUUUUUUCUGCAAAACAUCAGGAUGAUUACGCCAUGUAAUCACUGUAGUACCAGGUGCCCCCCUCCGCUGCCGCCAAACAAAACACACACUCAUACAUACAUUUAAAUCUAUUUUUUGUGUCAUUAGACAAACAGAGAUAGAAACAAAGGAGUAAGUGGCUCUAUAUCAAAGCUGUGCUAAUUUUCUCAGCAUUUAAUUGUGUCUCUAGUGAUUGACUAACAUUUACAUAUAGGCUGCACUGUUAAAAUGGCAAGCAUGUGGUUACUGUGAUUGAAAGUGAAGCUGCAUAUUUACAUUAUUACUUUUUGUUUCAUAUUGAAUCUAAAUUCUCACCACUCUCUGAAGUCAGCAUCAUGCAUAAUUUUUCUGCAAUUAUUUGUAGAACAUUGAACAGUAUUCAUCGAAAUACUCGGUUCUGUUUUUUCUAUUCCUGUCUUUGUCUGUAGGAGAUGUACAGUUGUAAGUUUUUAAUAGCAUUUUCAGAACCUCUCUUCCAUUUAAAUUUUAUACUCCUCCAGAGAACUAAAAUUAAUCAAUUUCAUAUUUGCACUGUGGUAUGUUUUUAGACAAACAACCUAAUCUAGUGUUAUUUCCAUCUGUCUGGUCCAGUUUAAUUUCUUUCCUCGUUAUCAAACACGAUGGAAGGUAUAUGAUCUCAGAGGUUCAUAAAUAUUACUUGCUGCUGCUGCUGCUACUACUACUACUACUGCUGCUCAAUACAUAACUACUUUUUUAAUUUACAUACUAUCAUAAUGUUUUCACUGCAGUAGUCGUGUAGUUUUGUACAUUCAGUCAUCACUUGAGAUCUAUGGAUCUGUGUGUUGCUAGGCACAUAAUCUUUUUUUUUUUUUUUUAAACCAGUGUCUUUAAGAUACAACAGUUUUUCAACUUCUGCUUUGUGGUGAUUAUAGUUUUUAAAUUUCUUGAAUUGUUGUACAGUGAUGGUGUUGCUCUGGUACAUCCAAAUGCAGUAUUUUAUUCACAUCAGAAUUUACCAGUCCACAUGCAUGGUCUUUUAGCUGUGUGUCAUCAUUAUCUGGCCAUCCUAUCAUGGUAAAAGUUGUGCAUACUUAGCUUCUCUCAUAAGCAGGCUUGUGACAAGACCUAAUGUAAUGUCGGAUAUUAAUGAAAUAUAUGCUGGGACCAUGAAGCAGUGUAUUUUAUGGUUAUGCCUUUAUAUUUAAAAAAAAACCAGGACACAUUUAAUGACUAAAUUUAUAAAUUUUUUAUAUGUACCAUAAUCCUCAAGAGCAAGCAUCUUAGAGUCCUUGAUUUAAUAGCAAAUUAUUUUGGAUGUAUAUAAUUUUUACAUAUUGAAGUAUUCAAAUCACAGUAUUUAUGUGCUGUUCACAGUUGUGAACAUAGAUUGCUUUUGUUUCCUUGCAUGAAUGGCACUUUUAAACCUGGCAUUGGUCUAGAAAUUGUCCAUUUUGUGAAUCUGUAGAGUGCACAGCUGUUUCACAGAAACAGGGACUGCCAAAUAUUUUAAAAUUAUUCAUCGUAAGAGUGCAAUGAAUAAACAAAUGUAUUGUAGAGAGACUGACUAUGUUUUGUUGUGGCUUUACUUCAUUCCAUUCCAAUUGUUUUCCUCUGGUAAUUUUGAACUGAUGUAAUGAAAUACAAUAACACUGAUAUUAACUUUUAACUAAAGUUUUUAGAUUAAUUAAAAUUUGACUUGAAUGACAAGUGUUAGUUUUGGAGAAAAUACAUAUUAUCAGCAUAGCAGAAAUUCUUGUUACAGUAUUACUUAAAUGCCAUAUACCAAGGCUCUUCAAGUAAAUUUGAUUGCUUUAUUUCAUUGUCUGAAUAUUUGCCACUAAAGAUUCUUUUAAGAUUUUAUGAAAUAUGUCUAUGCAAAGAUUUUAACAGUUUUGUAUGCAUCUUUAAUACAGAAUAUGCUUUUAGUCAAGACAAAAGUAAUUUACUAUCUGUGUUAGCCAGUCUAUUUGAAAUUAUCAUCCAGGCUAUCUUUAUCUGCAUUCAUAACUGAGAAACACUUAACCUCACCUUUAAGGUUUUACUUGUUGGGCAUGCUUGUAUCUAAUAAGUAACAUAUUAACAAAGAGCAAGAAAUUAUUUUAAAAUUAUUUUAAAAUUAUUUUUGUUGGUGAUUUUGUUAUAGACUGAAACUGAAUAUUUACCAAAAUGUAACAACAUUUACAGUAUUGCUACUCCUGCUCAGGCUAAAAUUAUCCAGAAACAAACUGCAAUGGAUGCAGUACUUUAGACUGAUCUUGUGAUUAUUGCUGUUAUCUUUUUUGUUAUUGCUGCAGUAGUAAUAUUCCUAAUACUUGUGCUUCAGAAUACUAGUCUAACAAAAAGAAAUUAAAUGUAAAUUUUAAUGGUACAUAUAUAUUAAUAAGUGUUAAAGCCUUUAUAUAACUUUCUAAGACAGUUGUAAAAUAGAAGCCAGUUUGCAUAUGAUAUAAUCCAUUUGUGCAAUAAAUUGUAUAUUUUAGAUGAGAAAGAAGUUUUAUUUAUGAAUAAGUAUAUACUAUGUGGGGUAUAAUGCAUAAUAAAUCUUGGUUGUAAUUUUUGAUGGCACUAAUGCUCAGAUUGUAAAGUAUUUCUUAAGGGUUUACUAUUGUCAGAACUUACUAGCUUAUGUAUUGAUUUAGAUACUAUGUUGGAGAAUGUGGGUAUUAAAUAGGUUUGCUUCUGAAAAGGGUUUUUAAGUGAGUGUGAAAGCAGAAUGUUAUUUCUCUUUUUUGUGUAAUACUACUACUUGAAAUAAGAGAAAACAAAUUAAAUGCAACAGUUGCCUUUAACAUGUAUCAUGCCUCUUUCAGCUCCUAUGUAACAAGUCAUAAGUGUGGC